UAUGUGGGUGGCAAAAAAAAAGUUGUUUUGUGGGAAUGUCAUUAUCAAACAUGCACGACAAAAACGGGGCUAAAUCCAGAAUUACAUUUGCAUUCCGCAUCUGAUCAUGAAGUGAAGAAGAGGAUGAACGCCGUUGCUAGGCAACACAAGCGUAAUCCCCACACCGCAAGGAAAUCACAGUCAGAUGUUUCAUUAGCUAACGUUAGUGGCUAACGAUAGCUAGCUUGAUACCCUUCGUUCACUUUACGUAUUCAUGCUAUUCCUUCCAGGUUCUUUGGCAGCGAAGAGGUGUCUUUUCUUUUCGUAUCUGUUGGUUCACUGUUAGCUAGCCAGCCAGCUAAGCUAAUCCCAGCUAGAAAAGUAGUUAAUAACGUUAGCUAACGUAGCUAAUUUCCCACUAACGUUAGCUAGUGUUGUUAUAGCUAUAAUCAAUGUAUCCAUACUGAACAGUGACAUAAUGCAAGAGUAACUGCUGUGCCGUCAUGAUUCUGUCCCGGGUGAAGCCAGCAGUAGGUGGAGAGGCUGCAGCUAGUGUCAGUGAGAAGAAGAAGAAAAACAAAGCCAAGAAGAGCCCUCGCCUGGAGGAAUACCUCAACCAGAGAGACUACCUUGGGGCCCAAACUCUGUUAGAGUUUCAGCGAGAUGUUGGAGAAAAAGAGGAGCAUGCAGACCUUUGGAUUGGCUACUGUGCCUUUCACUUGGGUGAUUACAAGAGAGCAAUGGAGGAGUACAGGACAUUGACACUCCGGUUAGAAGAACCAGGGGAGGUGUGGGUGUAUCUGGCCUGCACUUUGUUUUUCCUGGGGCUCUACAGAGAGGCAGAGGAGGCUGCAAACAAGGCUCCAAAGUGUGCACUUCAGAAUCGCCUGCUCUUCCACCUGGCUCAUAAGUUCAAUGAUGAGAAGAAGCUGAUGGGUUUCCAUCAGAACCUGGAGGAUGUGACUGAGGACCAGCUGAGCCUGGCCUCCAUCCACUACAUGAGAUCCCACUACCAGGAGGCCAUCGACAUCUACAAACGCAUCCUGCUACAGAAUAGAGAUUUCCUAGCUCUUAACGUGUACGUAGCGCUGUGCUACUACAAGUUGGACUACUAUGAUGUUUCCCAAGAGGUGCUGGCUGUGUAUCUGCAGAGUAUUCCUGAAUCCACCAUCGCUCUCAACCUCAAGGCCUGCAACCACUUCAGGCUGUACAACGGCAAGGCAGCCGAGGCUGAGUUAAAGAACCUCAUAGACAUCUCCUCCUGCUCCUUUGAGUUUGCUAAGGAGCUUAUCCGGCAUAACCUGGUGGUGUUUCGUGGUGGGGAGGGGGCGUUGCAGGUGCUGCCCCCGCUGAUUGAUGUAAUCUCUGAGGCUCGGUUGAACCUGGUCAUCUACUACCUUAGACAAGAUGAUGUUCAAGAGGCUUACACCCUCAUAAAAGACUUGGAGCCAACCACACCACAGGAGUACAUUUUGAAAGGAGUGGUGAAUGCUGCAUUGGGCCAAGAAAUUGGAUCGAGGGAUCACCUGAAAAUCGCUCAACAGUUCUUCCAGCUGGUCGGAGGCUCAGCCAGCGAAUGCGACACGAUACCUGGAAGACAGUGUAUGGCUUCCUGUUUCUUCCUUCUGAGGCAGUUUGAAGACGUUCUCAUCUACCUCAACUCAGUCAAGAGUUACUUCUAUACCGAGGAUACGUUCAAUUUCAACUAUGCCCAGGCCAAAGCUGCCUUGGGCAACUACAAAGAAGCAGAGGAGAUAUUUCUGCUGAUCCAGGGUGAGAAGAUUAAGACUGACUAUGUAUACCUGAGCUGGCUGACUCGCUGCUACAUCAUGAACCAGAAAAGCCAGCUAGCCUGGGAGCUGUAUCUGAAGAUGGGGGCUUCGCCAGACUCCUUCAGCCUCUUACAACUCAUUGCCAACGACUGCUAUAAGAUGGGUCAGUUCUACUCGGCAGCCAAAGCAUUCGAUACUCUGGAGAAACUGGAUCCCGACUCCAACUACUGGGAGGGCAAGAGAGGGGCCUGUGUCGGAAUCUUCCAGCUCAUACUGGCAGGCAGAGAGCCAAAGGAAACCCUGAAGGAGGUGCUGCCCCUGUUGAGGAGCACACAGAACCCCCAGGUGGAGUACAUUAUCAGAGCUCUAAGGAAAUGGGCCAAAGACAACAGGGUUCCUCUGACAUAACAAUGUCAUAACAUGCUUAUAACACACGUAAUACACUUACUACAUGUUUUUAUUACAUUAUAUAUGUAGUUUACAUGUGCAUUUCUUAUCAGUCACUUUUACUAGUGAAAAUCUAUUAAAUAACCUGUUCUCAUGAGUCAUGCACAAUGUGUAUUGACGCACUUUAUUGUACAUUUGUCACACUAUUUAUAUAAUGUACUAAAUGUGUUUUAUUUGCAAUGUAUAUAGUUCUGUACAAUCUUGCCAAUCAAUUGUAUUGAAAUGUGUAUUUUGUAUUACUCAAAUGAUGCUGAUACAAGUAUUAAACAGUGUUCUCUUUAUUAA